AUGAUCAUCGCUGAUUGGGGCAAUCAUCGCAUUGUUCGAUGGAAGAUACGCGAUACAAAUGGUCAAGUAUUAGCUGGUGGCAAUGGUCAAGGAAAUGAAUUGAAUCAAUUGAAUUGUCCAACCGAUCUAUUAAUUGACAAAGAAACAAAUAGUCUUAUUAUCUGUGACCACGGUAACCGACGAGUUGUGCAAUGGUCUCGCGUUGAUGGCACUACUGAGGGCAAAAUCCUUCUCGAUGACAUCACAUGCUGGGGGCUGGCCAUGGAUAAUCAGAGAUACCUUUAUAUUUCUGACAUCGAAAAAAAUGAAGUAAUCCGAUAUCAUAUGGAAGACAAUAAUCGAAUUAUCGUCGCCGGUGGUCAUGAAAGAGGUUUUGGUCUCGAUCAACUCAAUGGACCCACCUACAUCUUUGUUGAUCAACAUCAAACUCUUUAUGUAUCAGAUACAUGGAAUCAUCGUGUGAUGAAAUGGGAUAAAGAUGCAACAGAAGGCUCUAUCAUCGUUCGAGGCUUUCCUCGAGGAUUGUUCGUUGAUGUUAAGGGAGACGUCUAUGUCGCAGACUAUGGAAGUCAUCAACUUAUUUGUUGGCCCAAAGGAGAGACAAAGGGCACUGUUAUUGCAGGUGGAAAUGCUGGAGGAGAAGAAGCAAAUCAAUUGUACUAUCCUUGGGGUUUAUCAUCCGAUCGACAAGGCAAUCUUUAUGUCGCCGAUCAUUCCAAUCAUCGAAUACAACGCUUUCCUGUCAAACAAACUAAUUAA